AUGGAGGGUAUCCGCCGCUACAACGUAGAGCGGUCCUGCGUACGCUGCCACGAGCGCAAAGUCCGAUGCGACAAGAAAGCACCAUGCGGCAAAUGUAUACGUCAAGGGGAAGUUUGUGAAUAUCCGGGACCACGAAAGGUUAAGCGAAAAUCCCCGAAGACGAGUGUCACGAAUGUUGUAUCUCGCCUGGAGCAACUGGAACGAUCUAUUGCGACAUUAGCUGGCAAUUCGUCCGCAGCGCAAGCAAAACAGCCGAGAACACAAUGGCAGCAACAGCUGCCACGUCCUAGAGCUGCGCCCAUAUCUGGGGUGCCUCCGGCUCUGACAAAUGGUCAUGCCUCUUCGCCGACCAGAGAAACCAAUUCAAACUAUGGCUUCCUUAUCAAGGAUGGUGCUUAUAUCGACGAGCCGCUUCUUUCACGAGUACUCGAGAAAGAACAUGAAUUACAGUCUGCCAUAGGGACACCGAGCACACCGACCGGUGGUUCACGAAGACCCCCUCCUCUCAGAAUGGACGGAAUGCUAAUCAAUCCACUACUGAAACAAUUGGAUUUCAAGGCUCUGUAUCCAGAUCGAUAUCAGGCCACGCAGCUCUGGCAGACUUUCCUUGGUCGGGUGGAACCGGUCAUAAAGGUGCUUCAUGUACCCACAACGGCGCCGCGUAUAUUUGCAGCCAUAAGCCGACCUGAUUCUGUCAAGCCUGACUUUCAUUGCCUCCUAUUUGCUGUCUAUUUUGCGGCUACUACUGCCCUGUUGAGCGAUGACCCGACGAAUGAGAAAAUCCAUGCGGAUCUGCAGCGAUACCAACAUGGCAUCGAGCUGAGUAUCUACAACUCUUCUUUCUUGGAAUCCCCCACAAUAUCUUCAUUGCAGGCAAUGUCUAUUUAUCUGAGGUGUUUACGCUACAGCAACAGCGGGCGAGCUGGGUUUACCCUGCGCGGCUUGACCAUCCGUGCUGCACAAUCAAUUGGGCUUCAUCGCGAUGGAGAAAAAUUCAAGCUCUCACCUUUGGAAUGUGAGGUUCGCCGACGAAUAUGGUGGGAUCUAUAUUCUACCGAUUCUCGAAUGUCCGAAGACCACGGCAUUUUAAUUCCCGAACAAGAUUAUGGCAGCGACACCAAACUUCCCUCCAACAUCGAUGAUCAGAGUAUAAAUGAAAAAACCACCAAACCGGUUGAAUCCGAACAGCGAUGGACCGACUCGUCUUUCAUGCUCAUAAUCAAUGAGGUCAACAAGAUGUUCAUCCCGAUCGCCCGGUCUACCGACAACUCUCCCGAUGGAGCGCAGUCGCAUCAGCUAUUGAGAGAAUUAAAGGAACGACUUCACAAUCGAUUCAUCAAAUACGCAGAUAUGGACAUACCCAUCCAGCGACAAGGAGUAAUCCUAGCACAGGUCCUAGUCUCCAAAUUUGAGGUCCACAUGCUGCAGAAAGUGCUUCAAAAACAAGGCGCCGCAUCCUCCACCGUCGACACAGAAGCUGCAACCGAACUCCUCGAAAUGGCAGUUCGAGCUCUAGACCUCGGACUGGAGAUGUUUACUGACGAUCUACUCCGCGGCUUCCGCUGGUUAACAUCUACAUGCCCACAACUCCACCUUCUCACCUACAUCCUGUGGCACCUAUGCGUGUACCCAACGGGCCCGCACAAUGAACGCGCGUGGAAUAGCGUCAAUAACCACUUCGACUUAGUAGACAAUGAUCCCUCCUGGCCAGACCCGGGCCCCAAAUGGCCGAUUCUGAUUCAGCUCCGGGCGAAGGCGUCGCGUGUCCGACGUGCGCAUCUUGCGUCUAGUUCUACUGAGCGCUUUCCGGAGGGAGAAAGUGCCAUUCAGACAGCUCCGGAAGAUUUACCGAGUGAGACUAUUCUGGACAUGGAUAACUGGGAUUUGAAUUGGGUGGAAUUUCCCGACUGGGAUUAUCUGGCGCAGAGUAUUGCGAUUAUGGGGCAGGAUGGACAUACAUAA